AUGGACAGCCAUAACUGCUUAACUUUGAUGAAUGACAUUGUUCAUUCUACUUUGAAGGCUAACCUCAUUGGUACAGAAUUGAUGGGAAGAAUUUCUCUUCUGGAAAAGAAAGCCCGUGAGUCUGAAAAGUUUAUCCAUGAGGCUGAGGAAAUAGCUAAGGGAGCCCAGCUAGAAGCAGCUAAUUGGAAAGAGCAGUUUGAGAAUGUUCAGGGAACUAUAGAAGAAUUACAAGAGAGUAGAAAUAACCUGGAGCAACAAAAGCGAGGUCUGACUUCUGAAUUAGUAGUUGCCAAGGCUUCUUCAAGCCAAUUUGAAAAAGAUAAGGAGCGCCUUGAGUGUUCAUUUUCAGAGCAAUUAUCAAAGUGUAGUGAAAAGAUAAGAGAACUUAAGGCACUCUUGGCCAAGAAAGAUGAGUAUGCAGGGGAGUUAGUGCAAAGCUUGACUCAAGCUCAAGCUGAUUUAAAAAUCUCUUCUGAUAAGGUUCGUGCCUUAGAGAGUUCUCAUGCCUCCCUUGAAGCUUCCUUUGAUUUUUCUUUAGCUGAAAAUCAAGUGUUAAAGAAUGAUCUUGCUAUGUGGGAAAGGGAAUAUGGACUUCUUGAGGAGAAUUUUAACAUAGAGUCAAGAAACUUUGAUUUAAACUCAGAGUUGGUCAAAGUUUUAGAGACUAUUGAGAGAACCCAACAACCACUUGACUUUCCCUCUCCGACAAUUGAAGCUCUCGUGGCUGAAGAACCUUUAAAUGUUGAAGCCGUUGCUGUGGCAGUUGAAAAUGCUGCAAUUCUAGCUCCAGAGGGUGAAACUUCUAUGACUCAAUUUGUGGAUGUUGAAGCUUCCGUGACUCUUGAUCCCCUCAUUGAUCCUAACACUUCAAGCUCAGCUGAAACCGCUCCUGUUGCUGCUUCUUCAGAAGUUUCCACCGUGCCUGUGGCUGCUUCUGAAAGUGAAAUUAAUAUUGCAACUUCUGAUGUGCUAACCCCUUCAGUAACCAGUUAA